UCCGAUUUCUCUCUCUAACAUUAGCUACACACGCUUCCAAUCUCUCUCUCUCUCUAGACUGAAAAGCGAUUCACCAAUCUCCUUCAUUGUAUCUGUGUUGAGCCGCAUCCGCAUCUCCAUGCCGGGCCCACUUCCUUUGAGGAAUCAUAAAAUGCCUCACCAUUCCCCCUGCUCACCCUUGUAACAAAACCCACCAGAUUAAAACUACUCCCAUCGCUCUCUCUCUCUAACAAAGAACACCAAGGAACCAUCUCUCUCUCUCUAACAAGAACACCAAAGAACGCACACUCUCUCUCUCUCUAACAAGAACACCAAAGAACACACUCUCUCUCUCAAUUCUCAGAAUCCGACGCACAAACCUAACCACUGGUGCCGAUUCUCAUACCAAAAGGCGCCCCAAUUAUAGACCCCUCUUUUCCUUACGCGGUGCUUCUUUCUCCCCACUAUAAAUCCCAUCCCCUGGCCUCAAACCAACUUUCAACCAUCCAUCGAAUAACCUUCUUUCUCUCUCUUCUUUCUCCCUCUAUCUGUCAUGGGCUCAGACCAGCUUGGAGCCCCUUCCACUAGAACCCUGCAGGCGGUGAUCAGCUCACCCCACAUAAGAAAUAAGCGACUAUGGCCCCUCUCCAAAUGCUCAAAGGGGGGCGUGUCAGACCUUGUCCAAACCAUCAUCAAAAAACAAGACGCCAAAGACCCCUUCUACUUGAUGGACAUGGGAUCCCUUGCCUCCUUAUGGGACCGAUGGCAAGAGGUCCUCCCCACCGUCCGACCAUUCUACGCUGUCAAGUGCAAUCCUGAGCCUGCCCUGCUCGGUGCCAUGGCGGCCCUUGGUGCUGGCUUCGACUGUGCGUCCCGCGCCGAGAUUGAGUCCGUCCUUGCCCAAGGCGUCUCCCCUGACCGCAUUGUCUAUGCCAACCCCUGCAAAGCCGAGACCCAUAUCAAAUACGCGGCCAGCGUCGGAGUAAACCUCACCACCUACGACUCAAAAGACGAGGUUGAAAAAUUACGCAGGCUCCACCCGAGAUGCGCAUUGUUAUUGAGAGUGAAGCCGCCGGACGAUGCCGGCGCACGGUGCCCAUUGGGCCCAAAGUACGGCGCCCUCCCUGAGGAGGUCGUCCCACUUCUGCAGGCGGCCCGCAGCGCAGGCCUGUCCGUCACCGGCGUAUCAUUCCACGUCGGUAGCGGCGCAGCCCACGCACGGGCAUACACUUCAGCCAUUGCUGCCGCACGUGCAGUUUUCGAUUCUGCCAGGCAAUUGGGCUUGCCCAGCAUGCGUAUUCUAAACAUCGGUGGCGGCUUCACCGCCGGAGAGCGGUUCGCCGAGGCAGCGGGCUUCAUCCGCAAUGCGCUGCGAUCACAUUUCACAGACCAAGUUACGGUGAUCGCCGAACCGGGCCGCUUCUUCGCCGAAACGUGCUUCACCCUAGCAACCAACAUAAUUGGGAAGCGGGUGCGUGGUGAGCUGAGAGAAUAUUGGAUAAGCGAUGGGAUUUAUGGGUCCAUGAAUUGCUUGUUGUAUGACCACGCCACCAUCACUGCGUUGCCCCUGGCCUGCGCAUCAGGGCGUGGAAACCCUAAUUGCGUGGGCAUGAGGAACUAUCCGUCUACAGUGUUCGGCCCAACUUGUGAUGCGUUGGAUACGGUUUUGAAGGGCCAUCAUUUGCCCGAGCUGUAUAUUAAUGACUGGCUCGUGUUUCCUAAUAUGGGCGCCUAUACCGCAUCGGCUGGGUCCAGUUUUAAUGGGUUUAGCACGGCUGCUAUUCCCACCUACCUCGCUUGCUCAAGUGCAACUUAAAGAGAGAGAGUCCUCAUUUAUGUUUCCUUAGAGAGAGAAAGAGAGGGGAAACUCCUUAUUUCUAUUUCUCUUUUGUGGUGUUGUCUGGUGUCUCUAGAAAAGAUGGAGACGGCUCUUGUGUUUCUUUCGUUACUUUCUCUGAAGUGGCAUUUGGUUAGUCCAGUCUUUUGUGCGUUAUGGAAAAUUGUCAGUAAAAG